AUGACGAGUGACGACCAGCAAUUCCUGGACCUGCUUGCAUCCAUCCCACAGGACGUGGCCCACUACGGCAGUCGCAUAGCAGACUACGUCGACAAGCACGCAAAUGCCAUUGCCAGGGAUAUCCGCGACGCCAUCGACCGAGCAAGCUGGAUUCCCGACUCCCUCCGCCCUCCGCGCCAGCCGGGCGGCGGAGGCCACGGUCCAUUUUUCGCUCGUCCACCUCCCCCACCUCAGGGUCUCCUCCAGAAGACCACCGCCUGGGUUUCCAGGAACCGGACUGUGAUCGCAAUAGUCGUGGCGUUCACCGGCACAACCCUGUACCUGAUCCACCGCAGGAAGAAGGCACACGCGAGAAAGAGACGAGCGAAGAAACUACCCAAUGGUGCCAAAAAGGAGAUUGUCAUCCUGGCGGGCUCGACCUUCCACGACGCAUUGACCCGUUCGUUGGCUCUUGACCUUGAACGCAGAGGCUAUGUCGUCUACAUCACCGUCUCCUCGACCGAAGAAGAUUCCCUUGUCCAACAAGAAGCAAAAGCCGAUCUGCGCCCGCUCUGGAUUGAUUUGACUUCUACGGUCCCUAACCCAGCAGUCGACGUGCAUCCGAACCUGGAAUCCAUCCGUGACCUCCUUACGAAGUCGUCUCGAUCCUCAUCGCCCAGCAGGAGCUCGCACCGCUCAGGUUCCUCCAUGGGGAAUAUGACGUUGGCCGGCCUCAUUGUCUUCCCCGGCUGCUCAGGAUACAGUGAAGGACCACUGGCUUUGCUUCCACCUUCCGACAUCGUAGAUACAAUCAACACUCGCCUUGUCUCCCCUCUUUUGACAGUUCAACAAUUCCUGCCGCUCCUGGCAAACCACAGUCCCGAUCCGAAAUCCCCUUCAUCAAUUAUUAUUGCAUACCCGUCGAUUCCGCACAGUCUUUCUCCACCACGUCAAAUUCCAGAAUGUCUGGUCACAUCAUCCCUCUCAGCACUUGCAGCCUCACUGAGACGAGAGAUCACGGCAGCAAACGCCCAUAUCACUGUCUCGGAACUGAAGUUGGGGAACUUCGACAUGGGCUCCGUCUCUUCCUGGUCACGAACGACGCCGACUCAAUCGACGCUCCAACCCGGUCCGUCGUCAGCGCUUACGCACAGUACCUCUCACUGGCACUCGUCGCAACGUGCCGCUCACCAACGCAAGUCACUCGGCCAAAGGAGUUUCAUCCGUGGCUCCUCGGCGAGGGAGUUUCACAACGCCGUCUUCGAUGCACUUGCGCCGCCGCAGACAUAUAGACCAUUUGGAUUCACUUCUCUGGAGUUCACUUCGAACACAAGACCAAACGUCAUCUUUGUCGGCAGUGGUGCCAGGCUUUAUGACUGUGUGGGAAAGUUGAUGCCCGGUGGACUGGUGGGGUUGAUGAUGGGAUGGAACCGAAAGAAGACAGCUUCAGCUUCACGGUCUUCUGAGGACGAAAUGUACAAGUCCACGAGGGACGAUGCAAGCGGCAGCAGUCCGAGCGCAAGUGGAGUGGGCACUCCUCCCCCCGGCGCUGGCAGCUCGUCGUCCACGGCAGGACAUCAUCCACUUUCAGCUUCUGCUUCGGCGUCUGGAUGGGGCUUCCAGUCGCUAGGCAGUGAGAGCGGUAUUUGGGAAAAGGUAUGA